CCUCGUCCCGCACGGAGUCCAGUGCACGAACGCGCUUGCGGGGUGGGAGACGCGUGCUUGCCCGCGCACAUGCGCGUUGCAUCCGGCCUGUUCCUUGCCUGGCGGGCCUCGUCGUCCACUUCUUCCUCGACCUGGAAACGGAAUGCCUGAGCCGGGCUCAGUGACCUAUGUUGCUUCCUCACAUGUGUGUUCAUAAUGAAAAUGCAAAGACACAUAACCACAGGAGCUGAAAUAUGGACUUUGAAUGUCUUCUUACAGACAACGGUAUUUCAGUUUAGUUAGAAGUUAUCAUCCCAGACCAACCGGCUAAUAUUCCUGGAAAAAAACAGGAAAGCAGCAUGCACUGAAAAUGAACAAAAUCUUUCUCUGAGACUCUGGUGAGAUUCUGUUUGACCGAUGGCUACAGCAAAACUCUUCAUUAAACCUGCUGUAUUAUGAUUAUUUCUCACUGAAAGAACGAGUUCCAUUUCUUUUGACAGCUUAUGUGUAUUCUUGUAAAAAAAAAAACCUCAGCAGAAAUAUGGUUACAUAGACAAUUCAAUUAAAAUACAUCUUAAAAGUGAAUCUUGUUCAUUAAGAAUAUGCUUCUUACACAGCAUCAGCCUAUUUCAGAUGGGAGCUACAAAGCUGUUUUCACCCUGUUUAGCUAACGUUUGCACUUCCUAGUGGGAAAAUCUGUGCAUUCCUCAAAUAAAAGGAUUGUAUUGGUGUAUAAACAAUGGAUUCUUUGGAUCAUAUGCUCACCGACCCAUUGGAGUUGGGACCAUCUGGAGAAGGAAAUGGUACACAGAUUAUGGAGGAUUGCAUGCUGGGAUCCAUACGCAUUAGCCUGCCCGAAGAUCUUUUGGAGGACCCUGAGAUCUUCUUUGAAGUUGUCAGUCUUUCAACAUGGGAGGAGGUGUUGGUGGAUUCGCAACGAGAACACUUAAAAAAGUUUUUGCCCCACUUCCCAGAAAACAACAUCGAACACCAGAAUAAUCUUAUUUUGUCCCUGUUCAGUGGAGAGAACUUCCGAUUUGGAAACCCUUUGCACAUAGCCCAAAAACUCUUCCGAGAUGGACACUUCAAUCCAGAAGUGGUAAAAUACCGACAACUUUGUUUCAAGUCGCAGUACAAGCGCUACCUCAGUUCCCAGCAACAGUACUUCUACCGGUUGCUGAAACAGAUUCUCGCGUCCCGAAAUCAUCUAUUGGAACUUGCCAGGAAGGGUGGUCCAGACCUGGCCCUGAAAAGGAAGUAUCCAGCAUCCACUUGCACUGCUGAAGAACGGGACAGACAGACUCAUCGGCGAUAUCUGAAAAUCCUCAGGGAGGUGAAAGAGGAAUGUGGAGACACUACUUUAUCCUCUGAUGAGGAGGGUAAUGGAAUGAAUCUUGAAAUGAAAGGAAACUACCAGAUGAGGAAUGAUUUGAGCUGCUGGAUUCCAAAUUCUCCAGCCCAUUGCCCAAGUCCUGCCAUUCCUCUCAGAGUGAUCCCUACGUUAUCAACGCAAGACAUGAAAACAGCAGAUAAGCUGGAUUUUGGUGAGAAUUGCCUGAAGAUGAUGCUGAAGAAGCACCAUGAAAAACGCAAGCGCCAACCUAACCAUCCUGAUUUGAUGAUAGGGGACCUGACUCUGAAUGACAUCAUGACACGUGUGAAUGCUGGCAGAAAGGGAUCUUUGGCAGCCUUGUUCGACCUUGCUGUCCUCAAGAAGAAGGUGAAGGAAAAGGAAGAGAAAAAGAAAAAGAAGAUAAAAGCGAUUAAGCUAGAAGCAGAAGAUUUCUCCGAGUCCCUUGGCAACCCCGAAGGGAUGCCUCCAAUGUCACAGGAUCCAUCCCCCAUCCCUCCCAUCUGGGAUCCCCCAUCCCUCCCAUCUGUUAAAGAAGAGCCUCUUGAAGACAUCAAGCCGUGUCUUGGAGUAAAUGAAAUUUCCUCCAGCUUCUUUUCCCUCCUCCUAGAGAUUCUGCUUCUGGAAGGGCCUGCUAGUCUCUCAGUGCUUGAGGACAAGCUCAUGGAUUGGCAGUCUUCACCUGCCAGCACAUUGAACAGCUGGUUCUCCUUUGCUCCCAACUGGUCAGAACUCGUUCUACCUGCCCUGCAGUAUCUUACGGGUGAAAGCAGAGAUACUUCUUCCAGUUUUUCUCCCUUCGUUGAAUUUAAAGAGAAAACUCAGCAGUGGAAACUGAUAGCCCCAUCCCAAGACCAUGAAAAGGAGUUGGCAGAACUCUUCCAGCUCUGGUUGGAGACAAAAGACCAAACCUACUUCAAGGACAAUGAAGACAGUUCAGAUGCCACCACACCUGUUCCCCGAGUAAGGACUGACUAUGUGGUCCGGCCUAGCACUAUGGAAGAGAAACGUGUUUUCCAGGAACAGGAGCGGUAUCGAUACAGCCAACCCCACAAAGCAUUCACAUUCCGCAUGCAUGGUUUUGAAUCAGUGGUGGGCCCUGUGAAGGGUGUGUUUGAUAAGGAAACUUCUCUGAACAAAGCCCGAGAACAUUCUCUGUUGCGAUCAGAUAGGCCUGCAUAUGUCACUAUCUUGUCCCUUGUUCGGGAUGCUGCAGCCCGUCUUCCUAAUGGAGAGGGAACUCGUGCUGAGAUCUGCGAGCUCCUUAAAGACUCCCAGUUUCUUGCGCCUGAUGUCACCAGUGCUCAGGUUAACACAGUGGUGAGUGGCGCACUGGAUCGAUUACACUACGAGAAGGAUCCCUGCGUAAAAUACGAUAUUGGGCGCAAGCUGUGGAUAUACCUCCAUCGAGACAGGAGUGAGGAGGAAUUUGAACGAAUUCAUCAGGCCCAAGCCGCUGCAGCAAAGGCCAAAAAAGCUCUUCAGCAGAAACCCAAACCUCCUGCAAAGAUUAAAUCCAGUAGCAAGGAGAGUUCAGUAAAAGUGGCGACUAGUGGCACCUCUGAACCAAAUCCACUCAGCCUUAGUGAUUCCAGCAUGCCACCAACUCCUGUGACUCCGGUGACACCCACCGCCCCUCCCUUGCCAGCAAUGCCAACCUCACCACCGCCCGUUUCUGUUGUUAGCAAGAGUUUGUCAAGUAUUGCUCCAGAGCAAGCCAAACCCAACCAAAGCAUCCUUUUGGUAUCUUCUCCUGCCAUGCCACAGCUUGGGACAUUGCUCUCCGCUGCACAGAGUACCCAGGCACAGGCUGGAUCCCAGCCAGCUGCUCGGGCGGGCAGCAACACAGCAUCUCCAGGACUCCCACAGGUCCGAGUCGUCACAGCACAGUCUAGUCUCCCACCCGUGUCUCAGCCAGCCCCAGCAGUAACGCAGCCGCCAGUGGCAUCGAUACCUCAGAUCCGUGUUCCUCCCACUUCGGCACAAACCAAAGUACUAUCUCAGGCUGUUAUGACUGUCCCAGUGAAAGCUCAGACCAGCCCAGUCCAAGUUCAGAGGCCAACAGUUUCGGUAACAGGAACAGCCAGUGUCACUGGGACAGGAAUCUGUGCAGCACCCAGCUCUGCACCCAAGCCAGCAACAAGUUCUCCAAGCAACUCUGCACCUAGUUCUUCCACUACUUCUUUACCCACCUCUUCAUCAUCUUCCUCCACUUCAUCCACCGCUGUCCUCCAGAACGUAGCUGGACAAAAUAUUAUCAAACAGAUGGCCAUAACAGGACAGCUUGGCAUGAAGAGCCAGCCCGGGAGCAGCAUCCCACUUUCUGCUUCCAACUUCCGCAUCCAAGGCAAGGAUGUCCUGCGACUUCCUCCCUCUUCCAUUACCACCGAUGCGAAGGGGCAGACUGUGCUGCGCAUCACCCCAGACAUGAUGGCUACUUUGGCAAAGUCCCAGGUCACCACUGUCAAGCUGACCCAAGACCUCUUCACUGGUGCUGCAGCAGGAGGCGCUUCUGCUGGGAAGGGCAUCUCCGCCACUCUGCGAGUGACAUCGAGCCCCAUUCAGUCUUCUGACUCUCCCGCCAGGACCAGCACACCAACCUCUGCUUCACCAGGCUCAGCUGGGCCUGCAGUGGUUAAGGUGACUCCAGACUUAAAGACCGUGGAGUCCACCAGUUCAGCGUUCAGACUGAUGCCUGCCCUGGGCAUGACGGUGGCAGACCAGAAGGGCAAGGCCAUUUCUACAGUGGCGUCUACUGAAGCCAAGCCGGCUGCCACCAUAAGGAUCGUGCAGGGGAUGGGGGUGAUGCCACCAAAAGCUGGGCAGACUAUCACGGUGGCCACUCAUGCUAAGCAAAUGCCCGCUUCCUCUUCAGUGAGCAUGUCCGGCACAGUCCACACCUCUGCGGUUUCCCUGCCAGCCAUGACCGCUUCCGUAUCCAAGGCAGUUGCGGUUGUGUCAGGAGCAGCUGGGACACCCAUCACGAUUGGAACAGGAACCACCACCAUGCGGCAGGUUCCGGUGAGCACCACCGUCGUAUCCACAUCUCAGGCAGGGAAGUUGCCUGCCCGCAUCACAGUGCCCCUCUCAGUCAUAAGCCAGCCUGUGAAAGGAAAAAGUGUAGUGACUGCACCCAUCAUCAAAGGCAACCUUGGGGCCAAUAUCAGUGGACUGGGUCGAAAUAUCAUCCUCACCACAAUGCCAGCUGGGACCAAGCUGAUCGCUGGGAACAAGCCCGUGAGCUUCCUGACUGCACAGCAGCUGCAACAGUUGCAGCAGCAAGGCCAAGCGACACAGGUGCGAAUUCAGACUGUCCCAGCCUCUCAUCUCCAGCAGGGAACAGUGUCUGGUUCUACAAAAACAGUCUCCACAGUAGUUGUGACAGCAGCACCAUCUCCGAAACAGGCACAAGAUCAGCAGUAAAUACAAUUUGGCAAGAGCUGCUUGAGUCCUUUUGUUCUGUUUUCACCCAUUCAGGGCUUGCUAGAAUCCUCUCUCAAUGAUCUGCAAGUUAAUUCUGCACAUACUGAAAACACCAGUAGGAAAUACUUGCUUUGAUUCAAAAGAAGCAUCCCUGACACAAGGACCAUGCUGUAUAUUAAUUACCUUAACUCCAACGUGAUAAGUUGAAGAGGCUUGUUGCCAGGACCGUGCUGUGAAUGUAAGUUUCAGUGACUCUCGCUGCACAAGGCAAGAAGAACAAAGAGGACCUUGAAGAAGUAGACACGUUGUAUUAGCUUGAAUGUCAGUUUUAUCCUUUCUGCAGUUCUUACAGCCAUUCAGGUUCUGGAUUUUUAAUACUGAUUGCCUAAGCUUUUUCUGUUUCGCUGUGAAUUUUAUAUUUAAGUCAGGUUUUUUAAACUGAGACCAUUUCUGGCUGACUGUCCUUCCUUCCGUUGCUGGGCUUUCAGCAGCCUGCCUUAUCCUCAUCAGGCUGAGUAUUUACAUGAAACGGCAAAUGAGUGGUUCUUGUACGGACAUAUGUGAACUGGCCAUGAAAGGGGGCGAAUAGCAAGCCCAGUCCACCUCCCUUGGCGCUGUGCUAGCUUGGCCUUUCAGUCACAGGAAAAUCCAGCUUUGGAAACGAAAACAGCCAGCGUGAGGCUAAGUGCUAAACUCAGUUUCUUCUCACCAGUUUAAUGGAUGCUGAUUUUACUAACUUUUGUAUUGCCUCCCCAGCUUCUGAACAAAUAGUUACUAAACUAAAUGAACAGUCUUCUGUUAUCAGUAUAAUUAUAUUAUGAUCUGGAACUUUUCCCUAUGUUUAAGGGAGAAGUAAAAAGAGAGGUGUAUCACAGAAGUGGAAAGACCAGAAGAUCCUAGUUCCCUGCUUCUUUUCGACUGUGGUGGAAAAAGAAGAUCCUGGCCUAUGUAGUGUAAUAUUUAUUGCAUAUCCCGCUAACAGACUUUGCUCAUUUAUUUGUAAUAUGUUCUUCCACCCUCUACAAGUAUGUGUUUUUAAUUGGUUGUCUGCAUUGCAGGAUGCCUUGGAAUACGCUCUAAUUAAAUUAAAUGAUUGUGUUGCCUUUCACUGGUCAGUUGUACAGCAUGGAACAGAAUUGCUCUUGAAAGCCUUCAGCUGCAAUUCUGCUUGAGGUGUUGUUGACCUGGCCUGUUACAGGCCACGCUGAAAAUGUGGGAAGUCCAGCUGUUUUCUCGCACCACAACAGCUAAGAAAAGAAAACUCUGUAUUUGCAUAUCUCUGCCAUUUAUUAUUUAAAAUAGUUUUUUUAAUGAUAGUACAUAGACAAAGAUGCGUAUGUCACAAGUCAAACUCAAUGGGGCAUUAAAUCGGUGUAACAUUGUUAAAUGUUUUGCCUUCCCAAACAGAUAGAUGCAAAACAAUGUACACACAAAUGCAUAAAAUACUCUAGACAUGUACAAAGCCUUCCAGACCAUGAGAACAAAUGGUACUGUUGCACUUUUCAUUCUUCUUGCCAAAAUUAAUGAACUAAACAUUUGACAGUAGGCUCUUAAAACUCUCUCCUGAAAGUGUGUCAUAUUUUCAUGGAAUAGAUUUCAAUUUAGACUUAACUCAUAGUGAUAACGGCUCUUUACUGGAAAGUUUGAAACUAUGGAGGACUUAUGGAUACCUCAUUUUUCAUUGAUAUGAGUCAGUUAUACACUGGCUUUCGUAAACUGUCUCUAAGUUUUAUCAAACUGCUUUAUCUAAUUAGAAACACAAAUUGAAAAAAUAAUCUUUCUGAAUGAUUUGAAUUUAUAUGGUAACUAUCUCUGCUGUACCUUUAGAGUUGGAGAAAAGCUUCUUUGCAAGGUACCAUCAGAGAUGAAUUACAGGCACAUACAGGAACAAAGUUGAUGUAAGAGUAAUUUGUGAUUAAUCCCGAAGAGAGUUCUGAGACGAUUUGGAGCAUAGCACAGAAGUAAAGAAGGAUAAACCUCUUCUGUAAGGCAGCUCAAUAGAUAAGGUAGUCAUUCUUGUGCAAACAAAAAUUCACAAAUGACCCCCAUUUAUAAUUUUUUUAAAAGUGGGGCCAAGUUGCUGGCCCUCAUACUUAACAGCACUGUAUAUAUUAAAACAGUGAAACUGUCCUGCAGUGACAGUCCUGCUGAUGAAAAGACUGACCUCCUUCCUCAGCAUCUUGCACACAAUCUUUCCAGGGCUAAGUCCUGCCCACUCUUACUCCAGCUCAAAUUUAUUCUUUCCCUUUUUGUCCUAUCUCUGUCUGUCUCUAUCCGUUUUGAGUCCCAGACUUCCAUGCAAUUAAUUAUUAGUGUGUUAUGUACAGCUGGAGUGGAAAACGGAUAUCUUGGAAUUUACAGUUAAGAUCUCUGGGUGAUUCAUGGUAGAUCUCCAAGGAUCGCUGACUCCCAGUGAUAGAACUGCAAAUAAAUAAAAUUAUCUGCCGUGACUAACCUUGUAAAUUACUUUUGUCUGGGCAUUUUUCACCAAUAAAAUAUGAAUAUUAA